AUGUCGACUCCGCAAGCGAAACGCCGUCGGCUGAACGAAGCCGCGAAAACACUGCAGAGGCCAUUCAAGUCUCCUUUCCGAACACCAUUGAAGCCCAGCAUUGGCGACGAUCCGCCAUCUUCAGACCCACCUGAAGCAGAAUCAUCCACAAAGGAAAAACUAGGAGAUACUUCCAUCUGUGUGAGUUCUGCACAUUCUACGAGCAAUGCCGAACAGAAGGCCACUACGUCACCCUCUGGGAAUGCUGCAUCAGCACAAAGACCUGCAUCGAGAGUCCCAAAGACGCUCGUGUCGCGACCAAACUCGUCCACGCCUUCGCGACUAGCGCCAAGAAGCACACUUUCUAAGCCCUCAGCUGCACGCGAAAUAAUGCAACUACGCAACGAGAUCCAAAUGCUCACCCAAGCACAAACUCUUGCUACGUCCUCAAAAGACGACGAUCUGAUUGCACUAAUAGAAAAAUGGCGGACCGCAAGCCGUGCAGCAGCCGAAGAGCUUUUUGGUAUCACCAGAGAUCGAGUCAACAGGAUGGGUGGGGUGGGCGCCUGGCAGGAACGCGAGAAGGACGCUAAGCAACGGCAGAUGAAGUGGGAUCAGGAAGAGAUGGAAGCGGAGAGGGAGAGGAUGAGGGAGGCGAGAGAAAAUGGGGAGGUCCCGCAAGAGGAGUAUGAUCGGUUUGCUGAGAUGGAGGGGGAUAGGGAGGUGGAAGAGGAGAAGGAGACGUUCAAGAAUGCGGAUGAUUCGUUUACUAUGGAUAUGAUGCUCAAGACGCUUAAUAUUGAUCUACAGCUCAUAGGGUAUAACAAGGAGGCGCAGAGGUGGGAGGGUUGA